UAUGAAUGUAGUUAUUGUUUUAUAUUUGAGUCAGAAUUAGAAAAACAACUUUUAGUAGGUCUUAUUUAAUUUAAUUAUAAUAAGAUAUUAUAUUUUAAGUACACUGCGUAUAUUUAGUGUCAAUUGUAUGAAGCAAACUUGGUUUAAAAAUGUCGGAAUUGUUAAAAAUUGGACGGCGAGUUGAAGUUACAGGAAAAGAUGUACGAGGAACAGUUGCUUUUUGUGGAAGUACUAAUUUUGCAACUGGAAAAUGGAUUGGUCUUAUUUUAGAUGAAGCUAAAGGAAAAAAUAAUGGAACCAUCAAAGGACACACUUAUUUUCAGUGUGAAGAAAAUUUCGGGAUGUUUGUUCGAGCUUCUCAGGUUGUUCCAUUGGAUGAUCAGGGUAAACCUAUUGAAGCAAAAGACACAAGCAGAGAUGAGGGCUCCACAUCUAGACUCAGAACGCGUCACAGCACUAUUGGACAAAAACCCAAGCCAACAACAAUACGUCGUAAAACGUCUCCCCAAAAAAACACUCCAACACUUUCUGCCUCAAGUUCACGAAUAUCUCUGGCUGGUAGUCGUCAGUCUUUAGCCAGUAGCAGACAAUCUUUGUCAGAAAGUAGAACAUCUCUUAUCGAUAACAGGAGUCAUUUAACUUCACCCGUUGUUGAAAAGUCCGAGUCGGAAUUCGUCAGCCAAAUACCUAAAAGAGCAUCCUUUGUUGAAACUGGAUUCGUAGAAACAUUGAAACCUCAGUUCACUCCAGGUCAGGCUAUGAAUCCUACCUCAACUCCCACAUCUUCAGUUGAAGAAAAGCUGACACAUUUGCAAUACCAACAAGAAUUGGACAAUCGAGAUCAACAAAUAAAGGACCUUUCAGAAAAAUUAGAGACACUAAAAAUAAAAAGACUGGAGGAUAAAGAGAAAUUAAAAGACUAUGAUAAACUUAAGAUUCAGCUAGAGCAAUUGCUGGAAUUUAAAGCAAAAAUUAUGGAGUCUCAGGCAAGUUUACAGAGAGAUUUGCAGAAAGCUAGACAGGAAGCAAAGGAUGCCAUUGAAGCUAAAGAAAGGCAUGCAGAAGAAAUGGCUGAUCUUGCAGAAACCGUUGAAAUGGCAACUUUGGACAAAGAAAUGGCCGAAGAAAAGGCCGAAACGUUACAACUAGAGUUGGAAGUAACAAAAGAAAGAUUGGAAGAAGUGACUUUGGAUUUGGAACUUUUGAAAGCUGAAAUGCAAGGAAAACCAGGAGAUCAACAGGAAGGAAAUGUUUCCUCGUACGAAUUGAAACAAUUGGAACAGCAAAACGCAAGAUUGAGGGAAACUUUAGUGAGAAUGCGUGACUUGACUGCUCAUGACAAGCACGAAUUCCAGAAACUGAUGAAGGAUAUGGACCAGAAAAAAUCUGAGAUUGCUGAAUUAAGUAGAACCAAAGAGAAAUUAAGUACUAGGGUUGAAGAACUCGAGCAACAAGUAGCUGAUCUGCAGGAACAGGUCGACGCUGCUUUAGGUGCAGAAGAAAUGGUUGUGAUAUUAGGGGAGCAAAAACUGACCUUGGAAGAAAAAGUGGCUCAGCUAAGGGAAGAAGUUGCAGAUUUAGAAGCCCUUCAGGAUAUGAACGAUCAGCUUGUUGAAAGCAAUGCAGAAUUAGAGGCUGAUUUGAGGGAAGAACUUGAUAUGGCUAAUGCUGCUAUUAGAGAAGCUCUUCGUGAUAGAGAUGCUGCUUUGGAGACAAUAGCGGAUAGAGAGAGUACUAUAAGCAAAUUUAGAGAAUUGGUACAAAAAUUGCAAGAACAGUCGUUGGAUUUGCAACAUCGUCUUGAGACAGAAACAAGCAAACCCGUGUCGAAAUUACCGGAAAUAAUGGACUUCAAGAAGAUGUUCAGUGAAACAAAGGCCCAUAUCAAAGCUAUCGACUUGGAACUGCGCAGAAUUGACAUCCAUCAGUUGCAGCAGCACAUCAAGUAUUUGUCGUCGUUUAUGCCAGAUACAUUUAUGAAUCGUGGAGGCGAUCACGAUGCAAUUUUGGUUUUAUUAUUAAUCCCUAGAUUAAUACAUAAAUCCGAAAUUUUGCUUAGUCAAAUAAAGGACAAAUUUCCUACAGUUGACAAGGUUGACCGAAAUACUAUUAUUCAGGGACAUGCUGUCGAACAAUAUGCAUUUAGAUGUCGUUUGUCGUUUUAUAUUUAUGCCCUACAGACAAUUCUACAUCAAUACCUUCAUUCUCUCAACACUUGUACUCCUGAGUCGCUUCUGAAAGUAGGCUCUUCUUAUCCCGAAAUGGCUGCACAGGAGAAAGUAGUCGAUGGUUUCGUCGAACUGGUCAAACGUGACCAGCUUGACGAAAACAUCCCUACGGAAGCUCUUGAAAAGUGCGUUUCUUAUUUCAAUACUAUGUAUCCCGUUUUGUUUAUACCAGAAACGAAGCACAAUCAUAAUUUGUUGUUAAAUGAUUACGUAAAACUGUUGGUCAGCGCCUGUGAUGGUUUCAAUAACGAUGCUGUAAUUGUCAGAAGUUUAAUGGAGGGAGCUAAUAUAGGAGAUGUAGGACUUCUGUUGCAAUACAUCAUCACUACAGCUGAUCAAUUGCAGCAACAAUUAAAACAGAUAAAGAGGCGACUUCCCCCAGAUAGCAACAUUACCAAUUUAGGCUUGAGCAGAGACAUAAUUGAAAAUUUACAAACUUGUUUCUAUCAAUCCGGAAAAGUAGGAAAAUUCCUCCAGGACAUCGUGAAAAACGCUAUUCAAACUAUUAGUAGUAGUGGAGAUUCGGAUAAGAGUCUAUCUCAGGAUAAAAUAAAAGAAUUUGCCAGUAAUGCCAGUGAUAAAAUUUACGAACAAGAUGAUCUGGGACCUGUUCAAAGCAUCAAACAAUCUCUGAGCUUUAUUAUUACACACGUAACACAAGUGGUUCAAUUCCUUCAAGAUAAUGAGUACGACAUUGCUGUUACCAAGAAAGAAGAAAAGCCAACACCACCUAUUCACAUCCGUGCACACACUGUUAAAAAGGAAUUAGAAGAAACAAAAACACUGACGCACAAAUUGGAGAACAAAGAAUCAGAUAUCAAGGAAUUGAGAAAGGUUUUGAAGGAGAAACAAGAACAACUGUCAGAGAUGACGAUUAGGAAAGAGUUGGCCGAAAAGAAGUUGGGCAAUGUAAACAAGGAUUACGAGAUGACCAUCGAAAAAUUGCAACGUAAACUCGAGGAGGCGCACAAUAAUUUCAAGAAGAAGGAGAAAGAGUUCGAAGAGACUCUUGAUCAUCUUCAGAGCGACAUCGACUCUUUGGAAAGCGAAAAGGGAGAAAUGAAGGAGAAAUUGAAGUUGUACUCGAAGAAGACUGUCCACUUGGAAGGGUCAAAAUCAGGAAUGCCGUCCCUUCAACCUUCUAUGGGACCAAGCUUGCCAGCUGUUGUAAAAGAUUCCCCACUUCUUAUGCAGGAAAUAGAUAACUUACGGAAAUUGUUCCAUAACGAACGGAACCAGCGUUUGAAAUUACAAAGCGAAAAAAUGCUGGAACAAUUUAAAAGUCUCGCACCUCUUCCUACAUUUGAAGACAAAAAGGAUGAAAUUCUAGAGACACUGUAUAAGGAAGGUUCCGAUCUAAAACAGGAAAUACUUUUAACGUUAGCAACACCAAGAUUUCCGAGCAUUUACAAAGCCAAGAAUGGCAAUGGCCCAGCUCUUUGGAAAAAACAUCUUAUUGAAGAGACUGACAGGCUUUUGGAUUUGAGGCGGAGAUCGGAAGAAUUCCAAACAAGGGUGGCUGCUGAAGUUGUUAAAAGGAAACAUGGAGGACAGAUUGAAACUGAUUUGACCAUUUUUCCAACUGCAGAGAUGACAAAGGCCUUUAAAGAAAGAAAACCAGUAAAGGUGGGUUCUGUUACAAUUCCACGAUCUUGUUUACCAGUUAAAGAAGAUCCUAAAUUAAUCGAUUUGGAAGUUGAUUUUAAUAAUUUACAGAAUAU